AGUCGAGGCAGAGGCGACCGAAGAAUGGAGCAAGCUGCUGCGGAGGAUUACAAGCUCAUAUUUGAGAAGGAGGGGGUGUAUCUUCACACAAAUGCCAAGAGGAGUAACCAAGACACAACCAUCCCAGGGUUCAUCCGGGUUGUGGAGCGGGCUGGGGUGCCGGCUUUAGAGUGGAGCCCUCUGGAGGAUGAGGGUCGCAGCGCCCCUGCUGUACUCUACAGCAAGAAGGAUGGAGAAGGAGGCGAGGAGGACACAAACUUCGACCCGGGGUAUGAGCCAGACUGGGCGGUUAUCAGCACAGUGAAGAAAGACCGAGAACAUGUUCCAGUCAGAGAUUCAGGUCAGUGGUCGUUCUCGCUGCCUCUCUCAGAGUUAUACUGUCUCCGGAGGGCUCGCUUCUCAUUGGGUCGAAACUUCCUGGUGCUGACGAGCAGAGGAGGCCACCCGCUGCCUCCUCUGCACUUCCACAGAGGAGGAACCAGGGAGCUGCUGAGGGCCCUGCAGCGAUACAUCAUCCUGGACCAGUCACCGGUCGACGGGCGGCUCUUCCUUGCCUACCCUCAUGACUCAGGAGCUCUCUCUCAGUCCUUCGAUAAGCUGCAGCUCCUCGACGAUGGAGGCUCCGAUCUUGUUUCGAGAUUCAUCCAGGACCCGUACGCCACCACAUUUGGCGGAUUCUCCAAAGUCACCAAUUUCUUCAAGGCGGCGCUUCGACCUCCAGAUUCGGCCGUCUACUCGCGGAACUCUCAGGAUCCAAGUCUGCCCCCCCAGUCGGAUGAAGAGCCGGGCUUCGAACUCAUCACCUGCGGGGUGGAGCUCGGUCCCAGACCAGGUGUAACCAGGGGACCACCUCUGGACAGAUGGGAGGAGUUUCUGGACCCAGAGGGGCGAGUGAAGAACCCAGAGAGGAUCAAAGAGCUGGUGUUCAGAGGGGGUGUCACGCCGACCCUGAGGAAGGAGGUGUGGAAGUUCCUCCUGGGCUUUUAUCCGUGGAACAGCACUGCCAAGGAAAGAGAAGACAUUCUGCGGGUCAAAACGGACGAGUACUUCCGGAUGAAGGUGCAGUGGAAGUCGGUCAGCGAAGAGCAAGAGAUGAGGAACUCCCUCCUCAGAGGAUACAGAAGCCUGAUAGAGAGAGACGUCAGCAGGACGGACAGACACAACACGUUCUUCUCCGGGAACGACAACCCGGGACUGACUCUGCUUCAUGAUGUGCUGAUGACAUACUGCAUGUACAACUUUGAUCUUGGUUACGUCCAGGGGAUGAGCGACCUCCUGUCUCCUCUGCUGUUCGUCACCCAGAACGAGGUGGAGUCCUUCUGGUGCCUGACGGGCUUCAUGGAGCUGGUGCACCAGAACUUUGAGGAGUCUCAGGAGGCCAUGAAGCAGCAGCUGCUUCAGCUCAGCAUCCUGCUGAAGGCUCUGGACCCGGAGCUGUGUGACUUCCUGGACUCUCAGGACAGCGGCUCUCUCUGCUUCUGUUUCCGCUGGCUGCUCAUCUGGUUCAAGAGAGAGUUCGCCUUCGAGGACAUCCUCGUCAUGUGGGAGGUCCUUUGGACUCGUCUUCCAUGUGACAACUUCCACCUGCUGAUCGCAUGUUCGAUCCUGGAGUCCCAGAGAGGAGAGCUGAUUGGCUCAGACCACGACUUUAACACUAUUCUGAAGCACAUCAACGAGCUGACGAUGAAGCUGGACCUGCACAGUGUUCUUUGUGGAGCAGAGGCCAUCUACCUGCAGCUGAUUCAGUGCAAGGAGCUUCCCCUCAAGGUGCAACAGGUUCUGGGUCUCUACAUCCCCUCCAGCUCUGAGGAGGACAGCCCAGACUCCCAGGCCAGCGAGACGCAGCGCCUCCUCAGCCGGUCCCAGGCAGGAGCUGCUUCAAGUAAUUCAGCAUGUGGUCCCACUUAUCCUUAAAUCUGAAGGUUAACAAGAAAUGUAUGAAAGAUAUUUGUAUAUGAAAAAAAAUAUAUAUAUACUGUACAUGACCCAGUGAAGGCUGUUGUUACUGUUUGUCAGGGGCAGGGGGCGCCAUUGAGGUGUUUUUCUUUUUAAUAUACUCAUGAAUGUAACAAUUCAAGAUGUUUAAACACUAUACUUGCAGUGCUCCUUUUCUGUGUCAUGUGUGUUUACAUGUCCUAUGUCUCUGCUGAAGUACUGCCAUCCUUUCUGCUCCACCCGCCUUUACCUGCUGCUCUUUUGCCUCGCCGCAGAUGAUUUAAUCAUUGUUUUCAUCGCCGCUCGUCACUUGCAGUCUACGCCCAGUGCAUUUUGUGAAGUUUGUUUUAGAUUUCCAUUGCGUCCCCUCGCCUCAAAAGGGAAGAAGCUGAAGGACGAGCUCACUGGCAGCACCUUGUUAGUACUGUAUCAUGCCAUUCCAGCCCUAUGCAAAGUUUUUGCAUGCCUUAUAGUUUUCACAAGUGGCGUGGUAAUAUUUAAGCCUUGUAAUUAUCUGUAAUAUGUCAUAAUGUUUUCAUCCGCUGAUUAUUACCAAAUAAAUGGUUGAAUCUU